AUGUUUAAGCUCGCCAAUGUGGCUUCCAUCUCGGAGCAGGAUGGCUGGGGAGAUGAGCGUAAAGAAGAGGAGCUACGCAUGAAGAACUCUCAGUUCAUGUCGCCGUACGGGCUAGCUCUAGCCAUUGAGGCACAUCGACGCCCUUGUCACAUCUAUGCGGAAGCCAUCGACGCUGCCCAGGGCAUGAGACUCGACCAUCCACAGCUUUUUCCGUGGCCCGUUGAAUAUGAUGUGGGAGGUCACAUCACAACGGCGUUAGCUUCGUUAAAGCAUGUAAAACUUUCACGAACGUCCGCGGCAGUCGGUCAACCAGUAUUUCUGGCGUUACCGGCAGGAAUCGCGACACAUGGAAGUCGAUUACAGUGA